GUUAUUUUCCGGGUUGCGCUCGGUGGCGGCGGCGGUAGUUGUGCUGCGGCUGCCAGCUGACACUUGUACCGAGGAGGGGAGGUCAAAUUUGACUGAGUCUCUCUCUCCGCGUCUCCGUCAGUCCGAGAGAGACGCUGCUAACUAGCGCAGCAUCAUCAUCAUCAUCAUGGCGGAUCAAGGCGAACCCACGGCUCCGGUCCAACACCCGCAACCGGCGCCGACAACCAGCUGGCCAAUUACCAGGGAGUCGUACGAGCUGCAGGAAGUCAUAGGCAGCGGGGCCACAGCUGUGGUGCAGGCAGCCCUCUGUACCCCCAGACAGGAGCGCGUGGCCAUAAAGAGAAUCAACCUGGAAAAAUGCCAGACCAGCAUGGAUGAGCUAUUGAAAGAAAUUCAAGCCAUGAGCCAGUGCAGCCACCCCAAUGUUGUCACCUACUACACCUCCUUUGUUGUGAAGGAUGAACUUUGGUUAGUCAUGAAGCUUCUGAGUGGAGGCUCCAUGCUGGAUAUAAUUAAGCACACAAGCAAAGAAGAAGAUAAAAAUCGAGCUUUAGACGAGCCUAUUAUUGCCACAAUAUUAAAAGAAGUUCUAGAGGGCCUGGACUAUCUGCACAGAAAUGGACAAAUUCACAGGGAUGUGAAAGCUGGGAACAUACUACUAGGAGAAGAUGGAUCUGUUCAGAUUGCAGAUUUUGGAGUAAGUGCAUUUCUAGCCACAGGUGGCGACAUGACUAGAAACAAAGUUCGAAAGACCUUUGUCGGCACGCCGUGCUGGAUGGCGCCAGAGGUGAUGGAGCAGGUUCGAGGCUAUGAUUUCAAAGCAGAUAUAUGGAGUUUUGGAAUCACAGCCAUAGAGUUAGCAACAGGCUCUGCACCCUAUCACCGCUACCCUCCCAUGAAGGUUUUAAUGCUUACUCUACAGAAUGAUCCACCCACUCUAGAGACUGGUGUGGAGGACAAGGAAAUGUUAAAAAAAUAUGGCAAAUCAUUUAGAAAACUAAUAACUAUGUGCCUUCAGAAGGAUCCUGCCAAAAGGCCUACAGCCGCAGAGCUUUUGAAGUGUAAAUUCUUCCAAAAGGCCAAGAACAAAGAAUAUCUGGUCGAAAAGCUUUUGUGUCGUGCACCAAAGAUUUCCCAGAGAGCGAAGAAGGUGAGGAGAGUCCCAGGCUCCAGCGGCCACUUGCACAAGACAGAGGAUGGAGACUGGGAGUGGAGCGACGACGAGCUGGACGAGGGCAGCGAGGAGGGCAAGGCAGCAGUGAAUCAGGGCAGGUCACGAAGGGUCAAAGAUGAGGCCAAAGAUAAUGAGGAGAAUGCCAACAAUGUCCCUAUUGAAGGCUUGUCUAUUCAGCAUCCCCAGGUUGAACCGUAUGAGGACACACCGUUCAUUCAAGGUGCUGUGAACAUGGUACUACGGCUGAGGAACUCCAGAAAGGAGCUGAAUGACAUUCGGUUUGAAUUCACUCCGGGGCGAGACACUGCUGAUGGCGUUUCCCAGGAACUGUUCUCGGCUGGUCUGGUCAAUGGACACGAUGUUGUUGUUGUUGCUGCUAACCUUCAAAAGAUUGUAGAUGACCCAACUACCUACAAAGUGUUGACCUUUAAGCUGGCUUCCGGCUGCGAUGACACGGAGAUUCCGGAUGAGGUGAAGUUGAUCGGCUUUGCGCAGCUGAGUGUUAGCUGAUGCUCUCUUCAUGCCUGAAGCAGGUGAGACAGGGGAGACAGUUCAGGGCAGACAGACUGAGGAACACAACCACCACUUCCUGCAAUAUGUUCCCAAAAGAAAACCCACCCUGAAAACUCACUUCUCCUCCUCCUCCUCCUCCUCCACCACCUCCUCCUCCUCCUUGCGCACCUCUUUUCACCUUCCCCGAGGCCAAGCUCUGCCACCGCCCCACCUGCACCUCCUUAGCGCGAAUUCCCUCCUCACUGUCCCCCGACCUUUAACCUUAACAACAUUCCACCGCCCAGCGCACAGACCAGGAUCAGGAUUACAGCCCUAAAGAUGUACUCAGGUGGUGAAAGAAGGUGAUUAAGAUGUAGCUUUGAAUGUUUUAUUUAUUUACUCUUUUUUUUUUUGUUUUUGUUUUACAUCACAUUACCUCUGUGUUCAGCAAAGCUCUCAUUAUUUAUUGAAAUGAGAAGGUAAUUUUUUAUUUUUUUCCCCCCCUCCCUCUCACGCUGUUUUGUUGCCACAGUGAAAACAAAUUUGCUUUGACUCACAUCUCACGAACCCACUCAUUUGUGAAGUUUCCCUGAGGUCUGUGUCAGAAUGUAAGAUUUAGUUAAUUUAUGGGGAAAAGCACAUUUUCAUAAGAACGUCAUGAAUGUCUAAAAAUAGAAUGAAUUGUAUUUCCGUGUCAAGGCCUGUUUCAUUUUACCAAGAAGGGACCCAUUUGCUUGAGUGUGCAGUAACAAAAAAAAAAAAAGAAAAGAAAAAAAAACGAGACCUGGAUGCUACUGUGUAUAAUUUGCUGCUCUCGACAGUGUUAACGCUUCAAAAUGCUAGAGGUGCCUUGUUCAUUUUUCUGUGCCUAAGAAAGUAGUCAACGAGUGAGACCACACAAAGACCAGAGCCUGCUGAUUACCAUUUCCACCAAUGUAUUACUCCAGCAAUGACACAAUUCAAGUGAAGUAUCUAAUGAGGCAAACUGAAAUGCACUUUUGGGCUGAGUGUGUGCACCCCGACAAGCAGAUGCUUAGCCCCUGGAGACAAGUUAAUUUGAGUGCUUUUGUCAUCAGACAAAUAAAACAUAACAGAACCUGCAGUCGUGUAAUCUGUUCUGGUUGACGCGUUUUCAGAUGCCAGGCUAUUCGACAAAACCGCAACAGUUUCAUUUUCAUACUCUGUCCUGCUGCACUACGAAACUUUCUGUUUCCAAAAAAAAAAAAUUAUUCUAUUAGUUACGAAAACAUACUGUAUGACAAUGCAUCUGAGGAUGAAACCAAAACGGCAACUACUGAAAAGGUGACGAGCCAUUUGUUUGUCCAAACAAGUCCAGUAGCUCUAAAUUAUUUUUUAGGUAUUGAGGUGUUAAAAUAUUAACUUCUACUAAAUUCUUUAUUUUAUGAAGUAAUUUAUUGUGUUUUCUAUGUACAGUAUGUGUACCAUUUCAGCAUAUUACCCCUGUUCCCUCUCUGUAAUCAGCUGAUGUCAAAUUUCUGAUGAGGAGCAACAAAUAAAGAAUUGCUAUUAUUUAAAAA